AUGACUGCUGAUAUCCCCAAGGUAGUCCCUCUGACAUGCCACGGACAUUCCCGUCCGGUGACGCAUCUGAGCUUCUCUUCGACCGUCGAAGACGAGCAAUAUUACUUCAUCUCUUCAUGCAAAGAUAAUAACCCCAUGCUGCGCGAUGGUAUAACGGGCGACUGGAUUGGAACAUUCCUCGGCCACAAAGGCGCCGUAUGGCAAGCAAGGCUCUCCGCCGACGCCGCCAUCUCAGCCACAGCAGCAGCCGAUUUCUCAGCCAAGGUCUGGGACACCUACACAGGCGAAUGUCUGCACACACUGCAACACGCACACAUCGUGCGGGCAGUAGCAUUCCCAAUCCAAGCAAACCCGCAGGUGCUCGCGACAGGCGGCGCAGAGAAGAAGCUACGGAUCUUCGAUCUAACACGGGGCGGCAGUUCCAGCACGGGCUCAACGCCGCCUCUCCCGUCCUCGGCUACGUCUGAGAACGGGGUCGCGAGCUAUGAGAUCGGUGCUGGCGUGCACGGCGGCACGAUCAAGUCUAUCGUCUGGAACCAGGAUUACAAUGUCGUCACGACGGCGGCGGAGGAUCGCAAGAUUCGAUGGUGGGAUUUGCGGUCGCGCGAUCCGAUCGUUGAGUACGGGGUUGAUGGCACGAUUGGCUCUUGCGAGUUGAAUAGUCUCGCGACGAGACCUAAUGAUGCGGGGAUUUUGACUGUCGCGGCCGGGAAGAGUGUUUAUCUCUUUGAUGGCGUGCAGCCUGGUCGGUUGCUUAAGAAGGUUGAUUAUGACUAUGAUGUUGCUAGUGCUGCGGUUAAUAGCGAGUCUGCUCGUUUGGUUACCGGUAGUGCGAAUGAUACUUGGGCAAGAGUUUAUGACUUGAACACGGAUGAGGAGUUGGAGGUUCAAAAGGGUCACCAUGGCCCUAUCUGGUCUGUCAGCUUCUCUCCCGAUGGUAAGCUCUACGGGACUGGUAGCGAGGAUGGUACUAUCAAGUUGUGGAAAGCAUGCCGCGAGCCCUAUGGACUGUGGAGGUGA